CAUGACGUCUUUCUUUUCCACUCUUAUAAACUGUGCUUAUAAAUAAGUAAUCAAAUUGUACAUAGCAAAAAUAUUUUUAAAAUUUAAUAGAAGAAAUGUGUUACUGUAAUUUAAAAUACAAAAGUGUUUCUAUAUCUUUUUGAUUGGACCGAUGGAAACCGAUCCUUCAGAAAAUAUGGGGGACGUGUUUGUUCAUCGGUUGAAGGAAUUGUCAGAAGAAGAUAAAAAACGCUUGGAAAGUCAGAACUCUCGGUUGAUCCCAGAAGCAAAAGCCGCCAAACUAGAACGUGAAGCAAAACGACACUGGGAUAUUUUUUACAAACGCAACGAGACCAAAUUCUUUCGCGAUAGGCAUUGGACAACACGUGAGUUUCAAGAACUUAUCAAUUUUGAUCCGCAAGAAAACGUGGUAUUUUUAGAGCUUGGAUGUGGUGUUGGAAACAUGGUAUAUCCGUUAUUACAAGAAGGUUUCUCGAAUUUCUUUUUCUACGCAUGUGAUUUUUCACCACGUGCUGUUGAGUUCGUGAAAACCAACCCGCUAUAUGAUGAAGAUAGAAUGAAAGCAUUUUGCGCAGAUUUAACUACUGACGAUUUGUUUGAGAACAUUAACGAAGGCUGUGCAAACUUAGCGAGUCUUAUUUUUGUACUUUCUGCUAUUCAUCCGAAUUCAUGGUCUAAAGUACUCGAUGUUGCGUUUCGAGCGCUUCAACCAGGCGGUAUCCUCUUGUUUCGAGACUAUGGACGAUAUGACAUGGCUCAGCUCCGAUUCAAACCAGGACAUAAAAUAUCUGACAACUUCUACAUGCGUCAAGACGGAACUAGGAGUUACUACUUCACAGAAGAAGAACUAGCAAAAUUAUUCACUGAAGCUGGAUUUCAUAUCCUUAUGAACACAUAUGUACAGCGUCGUACUGUUAAUUUAAAAGAAGGAAUUGAUGUUCCUCGCAUUUUUGUGCAAGGGAAAUAUCAAAAACCUCAUGUGAAUGGUAUGUAAUUGUCUUAAUUUAAUACAAAUAUACUGUUUUGUAAAAAAUAAAAAUUGGAAGAGUUGAUAAAUUAAGUUAUUUUUUAAUCCUAAAAUUGCUGUAAAAUAUUAAUGAAUAAAUUAUAUUAAAUGAUGAAAAGUGCUAACCAUUGAAACAAAAUGAUUUGCAUGUAUAUUAGCUCUAUCUGACUUGAUGACAACUUUUUAAUAAUCGAGUUAUCUCUAUGAAGUGCUAAAUUUCAAGAAUUUUACCUUCUUACAGGUUGAAGUCCUAUGUUUGCUGAAAUGGAAUAAGAAAGAAGACUUUGUGUGAGUUAUAUUCAUGAAUUACCAUUAGUAAUUUUUAGAUUAUGAAGUGGUAUUUUCUUUUCUUUCUUUUUUUUAUUUAUAUAAAAUCAAGAAAUCAAAUGAUGAUAUCGCAGUGCAGCUGAAAACUUUCAGUUGACCCACAAUUAGAAUUUUAUGAGAUUAGGGACAUUAAUUAUUAACUUCAAUCGUAACUUAGUUGGUAUAUUUUGUUUCAUUGUUAAUGUUAGUUGUUUUUGUAAAAUUUUUCCAAAUUGUAGCAUAGGUAACUAAUUGUGGGUGCUGAUGCAUAUGGCAUAGCUAUUAAGCUAUCUGAUAUAAUUUUUUUACUAUACUUUCUAAAUACUCAUUAGAAAAGUGUAAACUUAUGAUUUCUCUUCUUUUGUAGGUUAGAGCAGUGGUAAUAAGGAGAUACAGAAUACCAAGGUAGUUGUUGUGGCUGAAUUUAUUUACAUAAUUAAUUGAUUAUUUUUUUAUAUUCAAUGAUGAUUUCAUAGUUCAUCUGAUCUAUUUGAUGUAUAACUUUAUUAUGUCUUUCGCUCCUAUCUGAUAAUACUAAUUAAUAAUUAGCAAUAAAUAUAGCUUAAUUGCAUUCUACAUUUGAGUUUGUUUCUUGGUUACAGAUAUUAUUAUUUCAACAAGACUUAUGCUGGUAAGUAAAAUUAUUUUUAAAAAUACAUACGGUCAGUUGCACAAAUGUCAUUAAAAUUGAAUGACACCUUUAUGCUCUAAUACCAAAUUCGUAUCGGUAAUGUUGCUUUAAACUAAAUACAUGAUGACGUUUGUGCAACUGUCUGAUAGAGUUGCAAUCAGGAAUACCAAUGUCAUAAGAGGACUUUAUGAUUAUGAUGAUUUUUGAUAGGGACAUCUGAUUUAUAAUGCUGUGUCUGUACUAUCACAACUGAUUGAGAAUGCAUCAGAAUAAUGUGAUUUUUGUUUUUUUACUACCUAGUUAUCUAAUUUAUUAAUGUCUCUGCAGGAGCUGUCCUUUUGUGCAUGAAACCACAAAUUGUGAAAGUCUGUUGGUAAGUCGAUUAAAAAGUGUGAUAACUUCUCUUUUAUUUAAUUUAUAUAUUCAGCUAGACAGAAUAGAUGAUUUUAUAUGUGAUGAUUUUUGAUAGGGACAUCUGACACAUAGUGCUGUUACAUUAACUAUCUUCACUGAUUAGACACAGUUUCAAACUGAAAACAUAUAAUACAAGUUCUCCGUUCAAUAUUUGUUUUAUUGUUACAGAUUUUAUCACUCAAUUUCCAACAACAGCAGAAUACACUCUAGCUACAGCUCACGAGAGCAUUUUGAGGUAAUUAGAUUGUCAUGCAAAAAUGCAAUAUUUUUUACUGUUAACAAAAUUAAAUGAUGACCGACCAUUCAGGUCUCCCUCGACAGAGAGAACCCAAUCAAUCAUGUUGACCAACCAAACGCGUCUGAUUAUAAUACUGUUUGUUUAAUUUGCUUAUUUUGUCAUUAAUUACACAAUAUUUAGUUCUUUUUAUUCUUACAGGGACACUGCAUGUAAAUAUUUCAAGUAUAG